CUCGCUUCCUCACCCUCCAGCAUGAAGGUCUCCGCAGCUCUUCUGUGCCUGCUGCUCACAGCAGCUGCCUUCAGCACCCAGGUGCUGGCUCAGCCUGAUGCAAUUAAUUCCCCAGUCACCUGCUGCUAUACAUUCACCGGUAAGAAGAUCUCAACACAGAGGCUGGGAAGCUAUAGAAGAGUCACCAGCAGCAAGUGUCCCAAAGAGGCUGUGAUCCUCAAGACCAUACUGACCAAGGAGAUCUGUGCUGACCCCAAGCAGAAGUGGGUCCAGGAUGCCAUGAAGCAUCUGGACAAGAAAACUCAAACUCCAAAGCCUUGAACACCCGCUCCACAACCCAAGAAUCUGAACCUAAUUUAUUUUCUUCUAACUUUCCCUAAAUGCCCCCUGAUAUUAUUUUAUUAUAGUUUCAAAGAGUAUGAACUUUGUUUAUUGAUAUGAAACAUGAUGCCUUAAGUAAUGUUAAUGUUAUUUAAGUUAUUGAUGUUGCUUUAAGUUAAUCUUGCUUUAAGUUUAUCUUCCGUGAAUACUAGUGUUUUUUAGACAUGGAGACUUGAGGCAAAUUGCUUUCCUCUGUGAACCCCAGUUCUACCCUUGGCGUGGUGUUGAGGGUCCUUACAAGGAUCAUUAAUGCAAAGACUUUUUGUUUUAAAUUUUAAGGCAUUGUUAAAAACGCUAUCGUGGAAAAGUAUAUUAUUACGUAACUA